AUGAAAAAGGACAAACGUAAACAUGCUAAUCAUUAUAGUAGCGAUGUCGAUGAUGUUAAAAUUCGACGAAAGAAAAGUCAUAAAAAAUUAAAAUCAUCCAUCGAUAGCGAAAAACGCGUAAUGAAGCAGAGAGAUCGAUCAUAUUCACCAAGAAGUCGAUCGAAUAGCGAAGAGGAUUUGAUACCACAUAAAAAUUCAUCUAAUAUACGCCGCGAAAGAUAUUCAGGCAGUAGGAGAGAAAGAAAAAUAUAUGGGCAACGAAAUGACGAUAUUGAAAAUAAAAGGUAUCACGAUUUCGAUGAUGGUGAUGAUGACGACGAUAGUGGCUCAGUACGAAAGAAGAAUUGUGCCGACAAAUAUUCUGAUUUUCGAAAAGACAAAAAAGAAUCUUAUCGUUUGGAGAAAAACACGUAUCGUGGUGAAAAAUAUAAAUCUAAUGCAUCUCGUUCAAAAGAUAAACAUGAUUCUUCAGCUUCAUCGAGUCAAUUUGGUUUGCGGAAAAGUUCAUUUGUUGGAAAAUUAUUUUAUUUUAUUUUUUUUAGUGUUUAUUUUCUUCAAGCGAAAUUUAAUACCAUACAGUAUGAAAUAUUUAUUGAAAGAAAUUGUGAAAUUACAAAAAAAAAUUUCAUUUUUAGCGAAAUCAAAUGGGGUAAAAAAGAGUUAUGGGAGAAUAGCGGAACUGUGGAAAAGGCUCCCAUUGAGAAAGAAAAACCGAAUUUCGUCCCUAGUGGAAAACUGCUUGAAGAUACAAAUAUGUACAAGGGAGUUGUUAUUAAAUAUAAUGAACCACCAGACGCUCGUAAAUCGAAAAUUCGUUGGCGGCUUUACCCUUUUAAGGGUGAUGAAGCGUUACCAGUAUUAUAUGUUCAUCGGCAAUCUGCUUAUUUGAUUGGAAGAGACCGUAAAAUUGCUGAUUUGCCUGUUGAUCAUCCUAGUUGUUCAAAACAGCAUGCAGUGCUUCAAUAUCGGCUUGUUUCUGAUGAGCGAUCAGAUGGCACGGUUGUUAAACGUAUCAAACCAUAUAUUAUUGAUUUAGCCUCAGUGAAUGGAACUUAUUUGAAUGGUGAACGGAUUGAACCACAAAGGUAUUAUGAAUUGCGAGAAAAGGAUUUAAUAAAGUUUGGGUAUAGUACUCGAGAAUUCGUUUUAUUGAAUGAAAAAUCCUGUCAAGAAGAAGAACCAAAAGAAGAAAUUAAAAAGGAAGUGGAAUGA